ACCAGGGGUAGUCACAGAAUCCCAUAAGACAUUAGACAAGAAGACACACCAGCCUCCCAUCACCAGGCAAGGCCACUCAAUUUCUUCUUUCCCAAACAAACUGCCAUCUGUUUUUCCUUUUUGGUAUUUAUACAUUGGAAUAAUUACUUGAAUUUUCCAUUUCAUGCCUCUUCACACAAGAAACUGAAAAUUGCCAAGAUUCUCAUUUCCAAUUCUUAAGAAAUGGCAAUUUGCACAGUUUACACUACCCAAUCUCUGAAUUCAACAUGCUCAAUUUACACUCCAGGAAAAACCCACUUUGGAUUUAACCAAAAACAUCUUGUGUUGUAUAGCAGCAGUAGCAAGAGAAUCAAUAGGAGAGCUUCCACUAGUGUAAUAACAUGCUCAGCAGAAGAUUCACAGACUGUUGUGAUUGGUCUAGCUGCAGACUCAGGGUGUGGGAAGAGUACCUUCAUGAGGAGGCUGACUAGUGUGUUUGGCGGUGCAGCGGAGCCACCAAGAGGAGGCAAUCCUGAUUCAAAUACACUCAUCAGUGACACAACUACUGUGAUAUGUUUAGAUGAUUAUCACUCACUGGAUAGAACAGGAAGGAAGGAAAAAGGAGUUACAGCACUUGAUCCAAAAGCCAAUGAUUUUGAUCUCAUGUGUGAGCAAGUUAAAGCUCUUAAAGAUGGGAUUGCUGUUGAGAAACCUAUCUAUAAUCAUGUCACUGGUCUCCUUGAUCCCCCUGAGCUCAUCAAGCCUCCUAAGAUUCUUGUUAUUGAAGGUCUUCACCCAAUGUUUGAUGAACGUGUAAGGAAACUGUUAGACUUCAGCAUCUAUUUGGACAUAAGCAAUGAGGUUAAAUUUGCAUGGAAAAUUCAGAGGGACAUGGCAGAGCGAGGACAUAGUCUUGAAAGCAUUAAAGCCAGUAUUGAAGCACGCAAGCCUGACUUUGAUGCUUAUAUUGAUCCACAAAAGCAAUAUGCGGAUGCAGUGAUAGAAGUGCUGCCAACCCAACUGAUUCCAGGGGACAAUGAGGGGAAAAUAUUAAGAGUUAGAAUGAUAAUGAAAGAAGGAGUUGAGUAUUUCAUCCCCGUCUACUUGUUUGAUGAAGGAUCCACCAUUUCAUGGAUACCUUGUGGUAGGAAGCUCACCUGCUCUUAUCCUGGCAUCAAGUUCUCCUACGGCCCUGAAACUUAUUUUGGCCACGAGGUGUCUGUAGUGGAGAUGGAUGGGCAAUUCGACAGAUUAGAUGAGCUCAUAUAUGUAGAAAGCCAUCUAAGCAACAUCUCCACCAAGUUCUAUGGAGAAGUCACUCAGCAAAUGUUGAAGCAUGCAGAUUUCCCUGGAAGUAACAAUGGAACAGGUCUCUUCCAAACAAUCAUAGGAUUGAAAAUAAGAGAUCUUUAUGAGCAAAUCAUUGCUAGUAAGGCAAAGGCUCGUGUAGAAGCAAAAGCCUAAUACAUUAACUGUCUCUGUCUUGAAUACUGAACAGAACAUUCUUAUUCUCUAAGUUCUACCACCUUUUCCUACUUUCUUCCGUUUCCCCCCCACUGUUUCUGAUCGAGUUUUAGGCUAUUCCUCAUAAGAGUCGGAAACACUUGUGUAGCUAUCGGUGUUGUAACUCUCUGGAGAUUUGUGUAAUAUAGAUAAAUCAAAAGCUAGCAGAGAUUAAAUUCA